AUGCUCGACCCGGUCCAGGAUGGCGGGGACGCGAGCCUCACCAACCGUCAAAUAAGCAUUCUCAUUGCCAUCGAGCGAACCGGCGCCGGCUUCUCCAUGGCCGCCAUCGUCAUCACGCUCGUCACGUUUGUCUGCUUCAAGAAGAUGCGCACCAUGCCCAACCUGUUCCUCGUCUUCGCAUCGUUGGCCAACGCCGGCGCCAGCAUCGCAUCCAUGAUCGGAUACGACGGCCUGAUCCGAGGCGAGAACUCGUCGCUGUGUCAAGCGCAAGCCUUCCUUAUGCAGUGGUUCAUGCAGUCGGAUCCUUGGUGGUCCUUUGCGAUGGCAGUCAACGUUUAUCUCGUCUUCUUCCACAACGCGGACCCGUCUUCCUUCCGAAAGUAUCUCUGGGUAUACUGCCUCGUGUGUUUCGGGGGCCCGAUGGUGCCCGCCAUUAUCCUGAUUUCGAUUCGCGACGAUGUUCGCGGGCCUAUAUUCGGUGAUGCCGUGCUGUGGUGUUGGAUCGGCCCUGAAUGGACUCUCCUGCGGCUCUACGCAUACUACAUUCCCAUCUGGAUGUGCAUCCUUCUGUCGGCUGUUGCCUACUCUGCCGUCGGAUACCGCGUCUUUCGCCAUCGCAACAAACUGAUGAGCUUGGGCUUAGAAAGGCUUGAACAGCCACGGAAACCUUCGCGGUCAGGAAGCGACGGGGACUCGGCAGAAGAGGCGCGAUGCCCAACCCCUCUGCUCCCAAGUUCCGCGGCUGACGGUUUCCCACAGAGUCUCACGCGUCACCGAGACGCCUACGGAAUCGUCGUGACCGAAGUUUAUGUAACUACCGGAACUACGACAUCUCAGCACGACCCGCCUCUGAUCCCGUCGGCAACGUAUCAUCCCGCCGGCGUCACUGAUUAUACCUUUGACCCAUUCUGGAGCGUGUUGCUGCCUCGAGACGCGCCCGGCUCCCGAGACGGCCAGACACAGCACCAAUUCGAAACUGUUUGCACAUCGAAUCAUCGCCGACAACAGCGCGCCACAGUACUCGAAAAGUUCCAUGGCAUUCUGUCACGGGCGUCGCUCAAGCUCAAGCGGCUUGAUCCAGUCAAGAUGGCAUACCUGCGCACCAGUUUCGUCUUUGCGUUUGCCGUGUUGAUCACAUGGAUCCCCAGCUCCAUCAAUCGGCUGUACAGCAUCACACACAAUGGCAAGAUCAGCUUCCCCCUCAGCGUCGCCAGCGGGUGCGUGCUGCCUCUACAAGGUGUAUGGAACGCCAUCAUUUAUCUCACGACGAGCUAG